CUUCAGGCAGUGAUGGCGGAGGUGGACGAAAGCGACGUGAUGAUGAAUUACCACGGCGAAUUCUUAAAGGGCGACAGAAAAAACAGCCGCUACCCCUACUGCAUUGUCUGGACACCUAUUCCUAUUUUAUCGUGGGUGCUGCCUUUCAUUGGUCACAUGGGCAUAUGCACCUCUUCUGGGAUCAUUCGAGAUUUUGCAGGAUCAUACUUUGUGUCGGAGGACAACAUGGGCUUUGGUAGACCAACAAAGUACUGGAAGCUUGAUGUGGACAAAGUGUGUGGAAAUGGUGCUGCUACAUGGGACAAAGCAGUGCAUGAUGCAUCUGAGGAAUACAAAUGUAGACCGCACAAUCUAUGCUUCGACAACUGCCAUUCCCAUGUUGCCAUGGCCCUCAACCUGAUGCGCUAUGACAAUAACACAUCUUGGAACAUGGUGAACCUGUGCAUGCGGUCUCUUCUUCAUGGGAAACACGUGAGCUGGGCAGCGUUCCUCAAGACCUGGCUUCCCUUCUUCAUGCUCUGCGGAGUCCUCGCCACAUUCAUCCUGACGUUCAACCUGCAGUAGUGGAGUGAACAGUUCAACGGGAUGAAUCAUAGACUUUGGUUAUUCUUC